AUGGUGCAGUCCCGCCACCCAUUCCCCACUGCGGAUGUGCCAGACCAUGCCCACUACAUCAUCGGGUCAGUCAUUCUGGCUGUCGGCAUCACUGGAAUGGUGGGAAACUUCCUGGUCAUGUAUGCCUUCUGCAGGAGCCGAAGUCUUAGGACACCCGCUAACAUGUUCAUCAUUAAUCUGGCUGUCACGGACUUCCUCAUGUGCAUCACCCAGACACCCAUUUUCUUCAUCACCAGCAUGCACAAAAGGUGGAUCUUCAGUGAGAAAGGUUGUGAGCUGUACGCGUUCUGCGGCGCCCUUUUCGGGAUCUGCUCCAUGAUCACGCUCACGGUCAUCGCCCUGGACCGGUACUUCGUGAUCACGCGCCCGCUGGCCUCUAUCGGGGUGAUGUCACGGAAACGCGCGGUGCUCAUCCUGGCCGCUGCUUGGCUGUACUCCAUGGGGUGGAGCCUGCCCCCCUUCUUCGGCUGGAGUGCCUAUGUCCCGGAGGGCAUGCUCACCUCCUGCUCCUGGGACUACAUGACCUUCAGCCCCUCGGUGCGCGCCUACACCAUGCUGCUCUUCAUCUUUGUGUUCUUCAUCCCCCUUUUUAUCAUCAUCUACUGCUACGUCUUCAUCUUCCGCGCCAUCGGCGACACAAACAUGGCGGUGGGUAAGAUUACAGGGGACAACACCAAAGACUCAAUUAAGAGAUUCCACCGCAUGAAGAGCGAGUGGAAAAUGGCAAAGAUCGCCCUCAUCAUCAUCCUGCUCUACGUCAUCUCCUGGUCCCCUUACUCCUGCGUUGCCCUGACAGCUUUCGCAGGAUAUGCUGAUAUGCUCACCCCUUACAUGAACUCUGUCCCAGCAGUCAUAGCCAAGGCCUCAGCCAUCCACAACCCCAUAAUCUACGCCAUCACACACCCCAAAUACAGGUCGGCCAUUGCUAAGUACAUCCCGUGUCUGGGCGUGAUCCUGUGUGUGCCGACCAGGGACCGCUUCGCCAGCAGCAGCUUCAUGUCUACGCGGCGCUUCACCGUCACCAGCCAGUCCUCGGACCACAGCAACCAGCGCAGCAUCAAGCCCCGCCUCUCCUCCGUCUCCGACAGCGAGUCUGGCUGGACGGACACAGAGGCUGACCAUUCCAGCAUGGGAUCGCAUCCCGCCAGCCGGCAGGUCUCCAACGACACCCGGAUGGACACACAGGAGGCGCCACAGCACAGGGCCUCCAACUCUUUCAGAGCCAAGAUGAAGGGCCGCGAGCUGGGCAUCUGCGAGACGGCUGGUGAAGAGGUGGGGCUUAAGGCCAUCAGUGGACAGAUUCCCUGCAUCGUCGUCACUGCAGAAUCCAGCCCGGCCGUCUUGCCACCUCACAGAUCAAGCGGUCGUGGUUCCCGCUCCAAAAUAACCAAUGGGGAACUGGGGGCAAGGCCAGUCGCCGUGGAGACGCUGGGGGCCCAGCAGGGUUCACAGAUCCCUUCUGUGGGUCAGGAAGACAGCUUCUGA